AAUCCGCGAGGCGCACGCGAACGGAACUGUCAGGGAGAGCAUUCUUCGAUUAUCGCCGGGUUGCAUCACGAAACUCGUUUUCCUUGUAAAUUUCGGAAACUUUCAGUGAAAUAAGGAUAAACCGUAUCCAAAGGAAUGGCCGAUUUCAACGCUGCUGCCAAAGGCUCGGUAGACCCGGAACUGCAGGAUUUCCUGAUGGCCGAAAAGCAGAAAGCUCAACUAAGUGCACAGAUCCACGAAUUCAACGAUAUUUGUUGGGAGAAGUGCGUGGAAAAACCGGGCAACAAGCUAGAUGGCCGGACAGAGUCCUGCCUGAACAACUGCGUCAAUCGGUUCAUAGACACGUCCCUUUUCAUCACGAAUCGAUUUGCCCAGACGCUGCAGAAAAGCCAAGCAGGGAUGUGAGCCGUUAUUCUUGUUGCAUUAAAUGUAUAUUUCUUUAUCAAAUAAAUUAACUGUAUAGAAACUAGACCUUCUCCAAAUCCCUAA